AUGCAGACUGCUUCUACAUAGAUUUGUGAAAGAAUGGGUCGCUCUCAGAAGCUCAGUGAAUUCAAGUGUGGUACUGUGAUAGGUUGCCACCUGUGCAAUAAGUACAUACGUGAAAUUUCCUCGCUACUAAAUAUUCCACAGUCAUCUUUUAAUGGUAUUAUAACAAAGUGGAAGCAACUGGGAACAGCAACUCAGCCACGAAAGCCAGGUCAGCACAUGCUGAAGCUCACAGUGCGCAGAAGUUGCCAACUGUCUGCAGAGUCAAUAGCUAAAGACCUCCAAACUUCGUGUGCCCUUCAGAUUAACACAACAGUGCAUUCAUGAAAUGGGUUUCCAUGGCUGA